UAUAUUGUGAGAAGUGUUGAAUUUAAAUCAAGGGAAGUAAUGUUAAAACUCUACAAUGCAUUAGUAAGACCUCACCUAGAAUAUUGUGUUCAGUUCUGGUCACCUCGUUACAAAAAGGAUAUUGCUGCUCUAGAAAGAGUGCAAAGAAGAGCAACCAGAAUUAUCCCGGGUUUAAAAGGCAUGUCGUAUGCAGACAGGCUAAAAGAAUUGAAUCUAUUCAGUCUUGAACAAAGAAGACUACGCGGCGAUCUGAUUCAAACAUUCUAAAUCCUAAAAGGUAUAGACAAUGUCAACCCGGGGGACUUCUUUGACUUGAAAAAAGAAAAAAGGACCAGGGGUCAUAAAUGGAGAUUAGAUAAAGGGGCAUUCAGAACAGAAAAUAGGAGGCACUUUUUUACACAGAGAAUUGUGAGGGUCUGGAACCAACUCCCCAGUAAUGUUGUUGAAGCUGACACCCUGGGAUCCUUCAAGAAGCUGCUUGAUGAGAUUCUGGGAUCAAUAAGCUACUAACAACCAAACGAGCAAGAUGGGCUGAAUGGCCUCCUCUCGUUUGUAAACUUUCUUAUGUUCUUAUGUUCUUAUCUCUUUCCCAACACAGGAAUACUUCUCCAAGACUUGCACAGACAGGACAACUGGGCGGAGUUCCCCACAAUCACUCAAGCCACGAUUGUUCUGCCCAGCUUCCUUUUAAACUGUCUAACCCCACCUUUCCAAUCAAUACUGAGGUUUCUGGGUUGUGUAGUCUUUCCCCAGUGACGGCAUUUCUUAAAGACGCCACUGCUCCUUCUUCACAAUAUGUAUACAUGAACCUUGGUGAGAAAUACUUUGAAGAUCGAGCCAAUACUUUAUCAGACCCCCCGAAUUAUUUUGAAAACUGAUUACAUCCUGAAAGAAAAUGUAUGGAGUUCAAUCAAUGGUCAAACCACAAACCCCUGGUUCUAAAGAAUUCUAUUGUAAGGUACACCCUGAGAAUAUUUUGAAAUGCGUGAAUCUUGGUGAGAAAAUACUUUUAAGAUGGAUCCCAUACUUUGAAAGUUUAUUGGGGCAAUUUAGGUUCGGCUGUCACGAAAUCUGGGGAAUCUAUGGGCUUUGGCCAUUAAGACCCUAUAGGUUAUCAAAAAGUCAUUGAUCUAAAAUGUAUAUAAGCUCAUCUCUCAGGACCUGUCUGUACUUCUAAGAAAAGUCUCAACAGUUCAAGAAGCAAGACAAUGGAGAACACACCAAGCAAAAUCUCUGAUCUGUUAAAUGAUCUUGCUGAGCUUAUAGAAGAACAACAGUUAAAUUCAUAUGAAGAGUUACUGACUGAUCCGUAUGACGACCAGACUUCAGAUAGUCCCCUAUAUCCCACUUGGCUUCUAGAGGUUCAGGGCCAUAAUGGUAUGUGUCAUACAUUUUUUAUUGAUGUCAGACCUAAAUAUCGUGAUCUUUUCUCUAAGUAUUCAUGACUACUUUAAAUUUCAGAACUUACCCCAGGAGAGCUAAUUCAACAGGAGCCUCUGAUCCCAAUGGUUGACCAUGAUGUCUUUUUAAAUAGAGCUCUUCAGUACAUCUUUCAGUGACCCUCCGACUGUCCCAAUAGUGUCUAAAAAAAGCCCUGAAAACCCUGCAAGGAAAACCGUGGCCAGCACAUCAGGGGGACAUGGUUUAAAGGCAAGGAACCCCCUUGGGCCCUACAAUAAACAACCCAAAUCUGAAAAAAAACCUCUCAAAAAACGACCCUCAAGACCUGCUCUUAUCGUGUCCAGCGAUUCUUCAGAGGACGAGACACCAGUCAUCAGGGCCCCAAAGUCUAAAAGACCAAGUAAAAUUUCCAGAAGGCUUUACAGUUCACUGAUACCAAGAGUCACUCCACCAAUCUUAGAAGUACCUCAAAGGCCAAGCGCAGCGAAAGCCUCAUCAUCAAUUACUAGGUAUCAUAGUGUGGAGCUCUUGAAGCAAGUAGAAUUGUCUAUAGAUCAGAUCACUGACAGACACCCCGCUAUAAGGGCUCUAGUGUCUGACCCUGAGGUGUCUCAGAAUAUUCUGACUUUAAUAACCCUGUUGAAAACUCUAGGUUUUUUGAAUCACUAACUUGGGCUGUGUAGAGCGAUAAUGGAACCCUUCCGGAAAAAAACUUGUAAGAGAAAACAUGUUGAAAUUGCUGUUGUUGAUGAUGCUGAUAAUGGUGAUGGUGUGGCAUGGGUUCAAAAAAAUAAAAAGGUUUCAAUUGAUCUGAGUCAAACUGUGUCAAAUAAUCCUGUGGUUAAUUCUGCAAUCAUUCCCCAAAGUACUUUAAAUACUGAUAUGUUUAAUUCUGCAAUCACUCCCCAAAGUACUUCAAAUAAGGGCCCCUCAGCAAGCUCCCCUUUAGCUUCUACAUAUACUAGGUCUCCAACCUUAGAUGUAAGACCAAGCACUGUUCACCCCACAAAUUUAGGAGCUUUUGAGAAUUUUGACAAUCUAGACAAACUAUUAAACAACCUAAAUUAUAACUCAUAGAAUUUACCAUCAAUCAAGGCUUUGAUUGAUGAAAUUUCUACAGAGAGCCCCUCUAUAAAUGACAUCCCCCUAAUAUAAACAACAAUGCCCCUAAUCAUCCAGGGAUUAUUAAAGAUGCUAAAUUGACUCGGAUUAAUUUAGACUCUUUGGAUAAGCUUUUACAAUAAAUGUCUAGAGAUAAUCAGGUUAAUACAGAGAGUGUAGAUGCUGCGAGAAACCAAAUAGGGUCAGGUUUAAACGGGGGGUCUUGUCAGGAUAACUCUUCUAUCAGAAAAGUCCUGUGGAAUGGAGUAGUACACGAUGACCAAGUGGCUGGGCUCUCUGAUUUGCAGGACCCUAACAGGGCUAGCGAACCCCCUGAGGUUAAUAAAAACGAUGGGCCUAGAAUUGGGGGGGAGGAUGUACAGCUUAGACAUAGACCUAUGUUUAACAAUAUUGAAUUGAAACAACCUCUUAACUUUACACACCUGUAUGAUUUGGAUUCCUACGCUGAAGUUUUUACCGUACUGCAUGAAACGUUAGAGAAUAUGUUGAGUGAGAUUUCUAGAACGUUAAGGCCUGCAGACAUUGUGCAGCUUGAAUUAAGAGCAGGAUCCUUGAAUAUACCAGUGUAUGUAAAAAUGACUGGAGACAAUUUAAGUCUAGACAAUUUUCUCAGUCAGAUUGAAGCUCUCCUUCAAAGUCAUAGUUAAAUUUUGGUUGAUGACUCUUUGAUGCUGGUUGUACAAGUUAUUAGGUGUCCUGAAGGAGGGGGGCCAAAGAGAGGUUUGCGGACCUUAAUGAAAAGCGAGCUUAUUAGAAAAAAAGCCAAGCAUCUGAUUUUAUGUUACAACAGAGACAAUCAAUUAUGCUUUGCUUACAGCAUUCUGAGCUUGGUAUUUCCAGAACUCAGGGAUGCCUAUGAUGUGUGUAUGGCUGAGGCUUUAAAAGUUCAACAGAGUGUGGGGUUAAGUGAACAUCAGAGGGUUUCGUUUGCUGACAUAGAUAAAUUUGAACAGGCCCUGGAUGUUAAAAUUUGUGGUGUGGCACAGAUGCCCUCAAAAGGACGUGUUCCUGAAACACCAAACAGAUACUUGGCCAAAAAAGAAAACUGUCUUUCUGUUUCUUCAUGAGAACCAUAUCUACGGUAUUGUUAACUUGAAAGGUUUUCUAGGAGCAGCCUAGCUGUGCAAUUACUGUUACACAGCCUACAGUAACCGAUCUGGACAUCGCUGUGAGGGACACUGUAAUGUUUGUUUUUCACCAUCCUGUAAUAGCGAUGCCUCUGUAAAGGUUAAAUGCAAUGAUUGCCAUCGUUAUUGUUGAUCCCAGCUUUCUUAUGAUAAGCAUAAGAUUCUCCGGGAUAAAGCCAACAGUGAAAAACAGGUCUCUAUGUGUGACAUCUUAAAACUGUGUACAAGAUGCUAUGCUCUCUAUAAAUGCAAUCCUUCUAAACCUUCAGCUCAUAAAUGCCCUAGUCUCUACUGUAAGAAAUGUAAGGCAGUGUUGUUACCUCACACUGGUCACAAAUGCUUCAUUCAAGUGCCAAAACCUUAUGAGCCCACAGAUAAAUAUGAUUUUGAAUGCCGUCAGGAUGAUGGCUUGCACAUGCCGAAUUAUUUGUACUGUCUGCACAUGGAUGGGGAAUCCUGGUUUUGGGAGGGGGAGGAAUGUGUGAAGUUUUUUGAAAGGUAUCGCAGACCCAGUUACACCGGCUAUACUUUCUUGGUGCAUAACACAAAGGGAUAUGAUAGCUAUUUACUGAUGAAUUAUUUAGUCACCAACGGUAUUAACCUUCAUAUCAUAGCACAGGGUAGCAAGCUAAUGUGUAUUACAGAUGAGUCUUUUAAGAUGCACUACAUUGAUUCCUUAAACGUUAUGCCCAUGAAGUUAAGUGCAAUGCCUUCAGCUCUGGGAUUUGAAGCCAGAAAAGGAUAUUUUCCUCAUUUUUUCAAUACUGUUGAAAACCAGAAUUACGUCAGUCCCUAUCCUGAAACACGUUACUACGGGGUUCAGCAAAUGAAGUCUGAAGAACGUGAUAAGUCGAUUAAGAAAGGCAUUUUUAAUUUCAGAGAAGAGAUGACCUUCUACUGCAAAAAUGAUGUUGACAUUUUGAAAGAGGCCUGUAUCAGGUACUGUACAGAGGUUUAUGCUAUAGGGCAGAUAGACCCCUUCCAGUGUACCACCAUUGCUUCACUGUGUAUGGCAAUGUACAGAAGUAAAUUUAUGCCAAAAGACACAAUAGCUAAGAUUCCCCCAGACAAUUACGCUGACCAGCAAAAAAGCUUUUCAAAUGCAUCGAUACAAUGGUUAAUGUAUGUGUCUGAAACUGAAAAUGUUUUCAUUCAACAUGCUUUGAACUAUGGUGAGCUUAACCCUUUGCGGUCCAUUGUCGGACUGGGUCCGACAUUGCAAUUAUUCCUCACAGGUCCUUUGUCAGACUGGGUCCGACAUCAUUAUAGCAACGCAAUAAACGGGUGUUUAGUCGUUUUUUCUCCGGAAAAAGCCGAGAAAACCAUUCAAUUGCCGAGUGGGAGCGACAGGAGCCGAAAUAAGUCGAAAAAAAAAAAAAAAAAAAAGGCGUAUCUCAUGAAUAGUCAUACAUGGUAUCAGGUAUCAGAUAACGGGGCGGUCAUAGUAAACAAGCUGGCUGAGUGUGUCAGCGCACAGAGACUAUCAUGGACAUUUGCAGAGCUUUUUUCAGAUGUUAUAGUAAUAAAAUAAUGACUUGGAUCGCAUUAUUGAGGAGUUUGGUGAUAAAACGAGUGAUCCGGAGAUGAUCGAUCGGUAUGUACGACUAUUAUUAUUAUUAUUAUUUAUUUCUUACAUAGGUGAAUGCUAUAGCAAACGAAAGGGUGGGGCGGGGCUGGAGAUGCCUAGUGAGUGCUUUGUUGAUAUGCAGGGCCAUUUAAACCCGUUUGACUGUGAAAAAAAAUACUUUUAAACAGCGCGUAUAAAAUUAACUGCGCAUGUGAAAAUUAAUUAGACCUGACGUGCCUGACACGCGAUUAAUAAAUGGACUGCAAAGGGUUAAAAUUUGACCCUUUUUCUUGGAGGGGCAUGCUGUGAUUAAUGGUAAGCGUACGGCUUUUGAAUUUGCAGGGUGCUUUUUUCAUGGUUGCCCCCAAUGCUACGAUUCCGCCGAUGUAAGCCCCUUAAGCAAACUAGCCUGCGGUACGAUGUAUCAUCACUUCAAUGAAAAGACUGAAACAUUGCAAAAGGUUUACAGGUUGGAAGUCAGAGUUAUUUGGGAGCAUGAAUGGAACGCCCUGAAAAAACAGCCUCAAGUUCACGAUUUUUUGGUUCUGUCGCAGGUGACGCUGAACUAGUUAUUCCAUAUCGUAAAACAUUAGACUCUAGUGCAUGGAGGAUCUCAGUAAGCUACAGUAAAUGGUUCAUCAAUUGAAUCAGAUUCAGUUGUAUUGUGUCUGCCAACUGAUGAUGUGAGGCAGAACAGUAAUUGGAUACCAGAAAAUAUGAAUAACAGUGAGUUUUGGCCUCCUUCAGUGUUCUGGAUGGAAGGCGUACCUCGCAAAGUGACUCUGUGCGAACAAAAGGAAAUAUAAAGAAAUAAUAUUUACAGCUAAACGUGUCCAAGUAUCUUAUAGGAAUGAAGUCAGGCCAUGGAAAUCCACACCUGUGAUGGAGAAACAUUGGAUCAAGGGACUUCUUGUGGAAACAACUAAGAGCGAAACCUGGUACAGAAGCUGAAUCCUGCUGAGAACAUAUGGAUAUGCUGGACAUGGACUAGGCAAUUUCAAAUAUGGAAUGUAUUAUAAAAUGAAGUGUCAAAGAUAUUAGGAAGGAUAAAGAAAGAGUGUCCUUGUACCACUAGUAGGUGGCUCUCUUGCUGCAUGAAAUAGGUCAGUCCUCUCUUGUUUGGAAUUACACAUGUAUUCAAUUAAGUACUUAGUGGUCUGAGAAUCCCUAAGAAAAUAUAUAUAAUGAACGAUUUACCACUAGUAUAUCUUCAGAAAGCAUGACGCUUGAUAAAAAGCACCAUUCCGGCUAAAAGUGAACGUUAAUCUACAAAUUUAUGUCAAGAAAAACACAAGAUAAGAAGAGACUCUUUAUGACCAAAAGAUUAACUAACAAUCCAGAGGUCUUAAGAAAAAAUCCUGUCUCGGCUGGAUUUUGUAUGAACAAAGGGUCACGCCUAGUUGAAUGCAGUUAUACUGGCAUAUAUUUGGAUUUAAAUCCUAAAAGGGAUUCACCAAAAUAAUAUUAUAGCAAUUGAUAAACAGAGGUAAAUUAAUUGAAAGAUUAUCUUAUAAUAAAACAGGUUCAGUGCUAAUUGAAACUGUUUAUAGUUCUUAACAGUUAUUUCAUAAGAUUAAUAAUAUGUUUUAAGUAUUUGCUAUAAUGAGAAAACAUAUUAUUUAAAGCUGACAAGUAUUAUUGGUUGUUCACGACUUUGCUGUAGUGAUAAGAAGAUUAAAACCUGGAGCGGUAUUCGAUUUACUUAAAUGGGAAAAUGGUACAAGUUUAUUCUUCUUUCUAUUGAACAAUAAGACUUCUAGACAUUAUGAUAUCCAUUGAAGUAUAGAAGUUAAAAGGUGUUGUGUUAUGUUUUUGUGUUAAGUUUGUAAUAAUAUACUAUAAUGUACCUUGUUAUUAAUCCACUAUACUAUUGUCUAAUGAUGGUAGAUGGAUUCCUUAUAAUGUGGUGAUUUGAAACUGCUGCAGUGAAAACAGGGCCUCUCUUCUUAUCUAGAAAGAGGGAAUGUCCUUGGGUUCCACUUCAGCAGAGCUGCAAGUCUCAUGUAGAUGGAGUGUUAAGGUUAAUGGAAUUAGUGGUUUAGCACAGAUAAGAAUAUAUCUUGAAAUAAUAUGCAAAAAUUAUGGCUUAACAGACCUUUAUAGGUCAUAAAUCUAAAAAGUGUUUGCACAGACUCUGACCUUGGAAAAAAACAAGAGACUGUGGAAACUGCUAGCAGUAACAUAUUCCCAGAGACGUACAGGUCAGAGCCUGGUCAGUGCAUCUCUUAAUGGAUAAAUAAUUGUAAUGAAAACUAUUACCACUUAAACUUAGUGAAACUAAAUGACUUGAAUAUUGUAUGAGACAAACUUUUGUCAAAUACUCUGUUAGACAAUGGUAUAUGGAAUCAAAACUGACUCAUUAACAAAAUGAUGACACAAUAUGAAGUUAAAAGAAACACAUACCUUUAAUUUAGCAUAAUAUAAUCACUUAGAAGAUGAUGUCACAUAUUAAGAACAUCUCUCAUAUAUAACACAUAUAAAAUUAGUGUUUUGCAUGCAGUAGUGUUUUUAUAUUAUAUUAUAAACCAAGAUCCUGGGAACCUUGGUUCACUUAACUUUUCAGAUAAAGGAGGGGCUCGGAGGAAAGCAAAGAAAUGAGAUCAUAGGUUUGGAGUUAGACAAGAAAUGAGAUAUUUAAUUUAUUGAGUACAUGACACCUAUUAAUUCUGAAAAGUUAGUCCGGAUCUUUUGAAAACUAUUAUUUGUAAAAUGGAUAAGAACUGUCCCACCUAAUUAAUGAUUGGAUUUAAUUGAGGCGUCCCAUGUAUUCCAAUGAGACGAAAAACCUAUUUAACUCCAGAGUAAUUUCAAUGGAGUACCACACUCAUCCCAGACAGGGCAAGGUGGUCCAUCUUUUGCAAACCAAAGACACAAUUGAGCUGAUUGAAUUCAGUUUCAUUUGCCUGGUGAAGACAGCCAUAUCCUUUUACGAUUUAUAUUAAAGGCUAAGCAUUAAGCAAUUAUAAUUAUUAUUUUAUCUCACAUGUAUUGCAUGUAUUGCUAUAAGGGACUCACGCUAUGUUUAGAAGAUAGGAGAACAUUUGUUGAAUGUGCUGAAAAGAGGCUACUGGGUGUAUUUAGUGUCGUGGUCGUGGCCAGGCCUGCCGGCUGCAUGAAUACAUAAAGAUGUAUUAAAGUGUUAACGUUAAUAUCUGUUAAGACACUGGACUGCCCAGAACGUCUGUCAGCUGGGGAUAUGAAGUAGCCUGUAGCUACUCAAUCCAAUAUUUAACUGUUAAUAAACCAAAGGAGUACUGAUCAUACUCUGAUUCGUAAAAAACACUUUAGAUACAUGAGUCUGUCAAUUUCUUGGGUACUAUAUUGGUCAUCCGAAUAUACUGCGGGUCCAGAGCACUAACUAUAUCCCACUAGGAGUAAUAACAUCUCUGUCCUCCUAAUGUCUCCCCUGAGAUAAGAGUGUGUGCUGAGCAAAUACAAAGAGUACGUAAAGAAAUCUGAACACGCGGAUUUCGUGACAGUUCGUUCUGAUUUUCCAGAAUGUAUCAAUCCUCGUGAGGCUCUGUUUGGGGGUCGUACGAAUGCCAUUACAUUACAUUAUGUGGCCCAGGAAAAUGAAAGUUUGGAAUACUUUGAUUUCACUAGCCUGUAUCCCUUUGUCAACAAAACACAAGUGUACCCUGUAGAUCAUCCUACCAUAAUUUACAGGACUUAAGUCAUUACUUUGGAUUGUUCAAAUUAACUGCAAUGCCUCCUCAGGGUCUUUUUUUCCCCCGUACUGCCUGCAAGAAUCUGCAGUAAAUUAAUGUUCACCCUCUGUCGUUCUUGCACAGAAACACUAAACCAGACAGGGAUAUGUAACCAUACCUCUGAAGAAAGAGCCUUGACAGGAACCUGGUGCAGUGUAGAGGUAGUCAAAGCUCUUGAGAAAGGUGACCUUUACAGACUACAUUAACCCUUUGCGGUCCAUUGUCGAACUUGGUCUGACAUUGCAAUUAUUCCUAUCAGGUCCAUUGUCGGACCCUGUCCGACAUCAUUUUAAAAACGCAAAAAAAUGGGUUUCUAUUCCUUUUUUCAGCGGAAAAAGCCGAGAAAACCAUUCAAUGGCUGAGUGGGAGUGACAGGAACCGAGACAAGCCGCAAAAAAAAAAAAAAAAAAAAAAAAUGGCGUAUCUCAUGAAUAAGCAUACAUGCCCCUGGCAUUACCAUAGGGGCGGGUAUAAGGACAUAAGGAAGCUAUGAAAUACCACACCAGCGCACAGAGGCUAUCACGGACAUUUGUAGAGCUAUUUUGAGAUGUUAUAGUAAUAAAAUAACGACUUGGAUCGCAUUAUUGAGGAGUUUGGUGAUAAAACGAGCGAUC